AUGAUUCGAAAGCUGAGGAGAGUGUUCAGGCGAAAGACCAUUUGGGCGAACCAAAACCGCGACCUUCGACGAGGAACGCCCGGCAAUGAUCAACUUCCAGAUGACGAAUCCGACGCCUUCAAAUCAGAGCACGUUACGACCAGCAUGAGAGAAGCGGUCUUCAACAUCGAUCAGCCUCCACCUGCGACUCGUUGGUCCGCGCCCCCGUACGACCAUACUGCACCAGGACGUAGCCAGACACCACUCUAUCGCGAUGAAUGCAUCAAGCUCCACCGAGAGGUCGCCAAGUUAGAGACGCACAUCGACCAUUUGAUCAAAAUGAACCAGCACUUGUCGGCAGAUUACGAGAAAGCCGUCCACGAUCGCGACCAUGCCAUUCAACUGCAUAAUGUCCACUGGGAGGACCUCCAACGGACGGAGUACGAGCUCGGUCAGAUCAGGGCGGAGAACGAUCGACUUCGAGCGAGGAUGGAUGCGCUGGAGCGACACAGAUGGAGGCGGGCGAUGUGUGCGCGAGUCGAGGAUGCCGAGAAUCGUGCAAGAGCUGCCGAGGAGGAGUUGAAGCAGUGGCAACAACUGAGCGAGAGGAUGUCGGAGGACAACCAUGACGAGGAGACGAGUCGGCGGAGAUAG